AGGAGGAGACCUACCGGCUCUGGAAGAUCCGCAAGACCAUCAUGCAGCUGUGCCAUGACCGAGGCUACCUCGUGACCCAGGAUGAGUUGGACCAGACGCUGGAGGAGUUCAAAGCCCAGUUCGGGGACAAGCCGAGUGAGGGGCGGCCACGACGCACGGACCUCACCGUGCUGGUGGCCCACAAUGACGACCCCACGGACCAGAUGUUUGUCUUCUUCCCAGAGGAGCCCAAGGUGGGCAUCAAGACCAUCAAGGUGUACUGCCAGCGCAUGCAGGAGGAGAACAUCACCCGCGCCCUCAUCGUGGUGCAGCAGGGCAUGACGCCCUCGGCCAAGCAGUCCCUGGUCGACAUGGCCCCCAAGUAUAUCCUGGAGCAGUUCCUGCAGCAAGAGCUGCUCAUCAACAUCACGGAGCACGAGCAAACUGCGGGAAAACCAACUGCCUAGGAUCCAGGCAGGGGACCCUGUGGCACGCUACUUCGGGAUAAAGCGAGGGCAGGUGGUGAAGAUCAUCCGGCCCAGCGAGACUGCGGGCAGGUACAUCACCUACCGGCUGGUGCAGUAGCUGUCCGGGGCCGCCCCUUCUGUCCGCCCGUCCAUCCAGAGGCUCCGACACCCCGUCUAGCACAGCCUUCCCGGGCCACGAUGUCCCCGUAGACGGAGGCCCGGUCCCCGUCCCUGUCACGAGGGCAGCAGAGGUGGGCGCUCUGGAAGAGGCCGUGCCAACUUCUUCGGGGCUGGGGCAGUUUCAGGACGGCCCUCCUGAGUGGUCUUGGCCGCCCCGUGCCCUCGGCCUGCAGGUGGGGCUCAGGGUCCUCCGUGGUCGCAGCCCAUCAGGGCCGCCGUCCUUACCCAUGUGGCACGGGCGCGGGCAAAAGGGAGCUGUGCUCUUCACGGCGGGGGCUCCCCGUCCAGCCAGCGGACAGAGCGGACUGCCCCUCGGCCCGGCCCUGCGCUGCCCGGCUCCCAGCAGCAGCGAUGUUCGUGGUCACCCUCUGGGUGGAGGUUCCUCCAUCCUCACCUGGUUGAUUCACCGCAAGAGGGACGGGACUGGGAAGGGGUUGGGCCACUGGGGUCAGGUGACUGUCCUGGGCCGAGGCCAGCCCUGUGGUACUGCCCCGCAGUCUGGCCUGCCUGUGCCCGAGGGCUGAGCCGGCACGGGCCAGGCCAGACACCAGAGUUUCCGGGUUCCUCGCGAUGCCACUGUCGGGUUAUAGAUGCCCCGAGUGAAUAAACCCGCUGUUUCAGAACC